AUGUCCUCAGCGACGAUGGAGACCAACGGCACCAACGGCACCAACACUGCUCCGGCGGCGAAGCGUGUCAAGACGGGCGACGAUGCUGCGGCCGGCUCGAUGCUGCAGGCCCAGGCCGAGACGUGCGCGAUGCAGGUCAAGAAACUUUCGCCGAACGGCCGCGUGCCUACUCGUGGCAGCGCCUUUGCCGCCGGCUACGACAUGUACGCGGCCCGGGACACCGUAGUUCCCGCGCGCGGCAAGGUGCUCGUCGACACGGACAUCAGCAUCGCCGUCCCCGCCGGCACCUAUGGCCGGAUCGCGCCACGUUCUGGCCUCGCCUGCAAGCACUUCAUCGACACGGGUGCGGGCGUCAUCGAUGCCGACUACCGCGGCCAGGUCAAAAUCCUGCUCUUCAACCACGCCGAGGCUGACUACGAGGUCAAGGAGGGCGACCGCAUCGCCCAACUCAUCCUCGAACGCAUCGUGACCCCCGAGGUCGUCGAGGUCGAGAAGCUCGACGAGAGUGUCCGCGGUGCUGGUGGCUUUGGCAGCACGGGCAAACAGUGA